AGUAUCUAAAUUGCUCUAGAACAGUGCAGACUUUUUUCUCCACGAUAGCCAUUCGAUUUUUGCACUAUUGGAAUUUUCCUCAAUGAAACUUGUCUAUUGUGAUUUUUUGGCUGGAUGUUUUGGUGGAACAUGUGGGAUGUUAGUGGGGUAUCCUUUGGAUACAAUAAAAUGCUGGCAACAAGCCUCAAAUUGUCGCGUAGGAACAGCCAUGUACAAGAUUAUUGUGAUGAACAAUGGGCUCAAAGGUUUCUACAGAGGUAUGACCUUUCCAGUCCUUACAACAGGUCUUCUCAAUUCCAUGCUUUUUGGUAUCUACGGGAACACUCUGAGGAACCUCCAGCUGAAUGUUCCUGAUGAUGAGAAACGGAAGAAAUUGCAGCCUCGGCAUAUUUUCAUCGCAGGUUCAGUUGGAGGAUUUUUGCAAGCGUUCGUGGCAAAUCCGAUUGAAUUGGUAAAGAUUAGACUGCAGACCCGAUCGUGCGUAACUAGCGGUUCGUGGGAGUGUUUAAAGAACAUUUUAAAGACUGAGGGUUUCCUUGGGCUCUACAGAGGACUUACACCGAUGAUUUGUCGUGAUAUAUUUCCAUAUGGGAUUUAUAUGUUAGCUUAUGAACAAAUCCUCAACAUUAUGGGGUGUUUGCCGUAUAUUCAAGAGCAGAGAAGACGCAAUGCUGAGAUGAAAUUGACGAGUGUCAAUAGUAAUCUCGAAUUAAUGCUCACCACAGUAUCAGGCUCAAUUGCUGGCGUUCUUUCCUGGAUUUUUGUCAUACCAUUCGACGUGAUCAAGACCAUAAUGCAGGCAGAGCCAAAUCCCUACGUUUAUAAAAAUAUGUUCCAUUGUAUUUCUGUAAAUGUUAAGAAAAGUGGCUGGAGAUCGCUUUUUCGUGGAAGCUGUAUGCUUCUCGUCAGGGCAGUCCCAGUGAAUGUGGCUACCUUUAUUGGCUAUGAGUAUUGCUUGGAGAAAUGUAAAAAGAAUCUCAUAAUAAAGUAAUUUCCAUA